AUGCCCAUCCUGCAGCUCAUCAAGUUGAUGGACCAGGCCAACAAGAGCAACCUCUUCAAGUUGGGCUUCUAUCCCAACCAUGUGAUUGGGAUGCAGGCCAUCGCCAACACACACUGGAUGGACAUCUUGCCUGCUGACAACAUCACUGAGUACCCACCCAUGCAUGUCAUGAGCUACGAUUUGGAGAGUAAGUUGCUUGACACCAAGCUCAAGUCCCACAAUCUGAAACUGUUAAAUUGGCAACCUCUAUGA